CUUAGUGCACGCGUUAGGCUACGGUCAGACUACAUCCGUGUUUGACCGAUUUUUACACUGGCAUAUACGGCCGAUAACGCCAGAAAAAAAAUGCGGCAAACUUAAUUGGAGACAGUCACAGUUGCGCCGUCCAGCACUGACGUGCACGGACUUGUUCGGCCGACUGACGGUGGAAAACAAAUUAUUUUGUUUUUUCCGGCCGUAUACGCCAGAAUUUGUGUUACAGUCUUCAAGUUUAUACAGUAAUCACGAAAUAUGGUAGACAUAGAAAAAUUGAUUUCCUUGGUUUAUGACCGAAAACCAUUGUGGGAUGUGGGCAGUAAAAGCUACCACAAUAGGGACGUAGGAAGAAAGCUUUGGCGGGAAAUGGCAGAGGAAUUGAACAGCACAAGUGAAGUGACCAAAGGGAAAUGGCAAAACUUGAGAGGUAACUUUCGCAGAGAACAUACAAAAAUUUCGAAGGCGCCUACAGGUAGUGCAGCUCUCGGUGAUACUCAAAUCCCUUCGUGGAAAUACUACAAACAACUUUCAUUCCUAAUCGGCGCGUUUUCUUCCAGAAGAAUGAAGACAAAUAUCCCUUCCGUUUUAAGCCAAACUUCAGAGCUAGCUGAUAUCCUAAAUGAAGAAGAAGAAGACGUAACAAGGGUAUUUAACAACACCAUUGAUUCUAAUUGUGCGAUCAGCAACAGUACUGCUGAAACACAAGAAUCAGAAACCCUCGUAGAUACUGUCCAAACAGACCCGUUUCGUGGUCCCAGUGUAAAGUCAUUCAAAAAACCUCUCAUGACAACAAAACGAAAAAUUGCUAGACCGGAUGCCAUAGCAAAACGUGUUUUACUGGAGCAGCGAAAGGUUGAGCAACUGGAGAAAAGGUAUGAACGUAGCAAUACAUCUGAAGCUUUGACAAGGAUGACGACUACCAUUUCCUUAUGA